AACAUAACCACCAUAACUAUAUCCACAACACCCGACACAUCUAUCAACACGUCCACAACAACGUCCACCAGCAUCACAACUACACCAGUCACACUCAACGUUACCACUCUCCCAACAACCCUCAACACCGCUACCGCAACAACAACCACAAACACCACUCCUCUCACAAUCACACUCAACGCCACAACAACUUCCAUCACACCAGCAUCACAAUCUGCACCAAUCGAUGCAAGCACAACGCCAACUCAAACCAACCUCACAACUACAACUGGUUCCAACUGCAUCUACUGAAACUACUCCAUCCACCGCUACAACCACAACCACAACCACCAAUCCAAACAUAACCACCAUAACUAUAUCCACAACACCCGACACAUCUAUCAACACGUCCACAACAACGUCCACCAGCAUCACAACUACACCAGUCACACUCAACGUUACCACUCUCCCAACAACCCUCAACACCGCUACCGCAACAACAACCACAAACACCACUCCUCUCACAAUCACACUCAACGCCACAACAACUUCCAUCACACCAGCAUCACAAUCUGCACCAAUCGAUGCAAGCACAACGCCAACUCAAACCAACCUCACAACUACAACUGGUCCAACUGCAUCUACUGAAACUACUCCAUCCACCGCUACAACCACAACCACAACCACCAAUCCAAACAUAACCACCAUAACUAUAUCCACAACACCCGACACAUCUAUCAACACGUCCACAACAACGUCCACCAGCAUCACAACUACACCAGUCACACUCAACGUUACCACUCUCCCAACAACCCUCAACACCGCUACCGCAACAACAACCACAAACACCACUCCUCUCACAAUCACACUCAACGCCACAACAACUUCCAUCACACCAGCAUCACAAUCUGCACCAAUCGAUGCAAGCACAACGCCAACUCAAACCAACCUCACAACUACAACUGGUCCAACUGCAUCUACUGAAACUACUCCAUCCACCGCUACAACCACAACCACAACCACCAAUCCAAACAUAACCACCAUAACUAUAUCCACAACACCCGACACAUCUAUCAACACGUCCACAACAACGUCCACCAGCAUCACAACUACACCAGUCACACUCAACGUUACCACUCUCCCAACAACCCUCAACACCGCUACCGCAACAACAACCACAAACACCACUCCUCUCACAAUCACACUCAACGCCACAACAACUUCCAUCACACCAGCAUCACAAUCUGCACCAAUCGAUGCAAGCACAACGCCAACUCAAACCAACCUCACAACUACAACUGGUCCAACUGCAUCUACUGAAACUACUCCAUCCACCGCUACAACCACAACCACAACCACCAAUCCAAACAUAACCACCAUAACUAUAUCCACAACACCCGACACAUCUAUCAACACGUCCACAACAACGUCCACCAGCAUCACAACUACACCAGUCACACUCAACGUUACCACUCUCCCAACAACCCUCAACACCGCUACCGCAACAACAACCACAAACACCACUCCUCUCACAAUCACACUCAACGCCACAACAACUUCCAUCACACCAGCAUCACAAUCUGCACCAAUCGAUGCAAGCACAACGCCAACUCAAACCAACCUCACAACUACAACUGGUCCAACUGCAUCUACUGAAACUACUCCAUCCACCGCUACAACCACAACCACAACCACCAAUCCAAACAUAACCACCAUAACUAUAUCCACAACACCCGACACAUCUAUCAACACGUCCACAACAACGUCCACCAGCAUCACAACUACACCAGUCACACUCAACGUUACCACUCUCCCAACAACCCUCAACACCGCUACCGCAACAACAACCACAAACACCACUCCUCUCACAAUCACACUCAACGCCACAACAACUUCCAUCACACCAGCAUCACAAUCUGCACCAAUCGAUGCAAGCACAACGCCAACUCAAACCAACCUCACAACUACAACUGGUCCAACUGCAUCUACUGAAACUACUCCAUCCACCGCUACAACCACAACCACAACCACCAAUCCAAACAUAACCACCAUAACUAUAUCCACAACACCCGACACAUCUAUCAACACGUCCACAACAACGUCCACCAGCAUCACAACUACACCAGUCACACUCAACGCUACCACUCUCCCAACAACCCUCAACACCGCUACCGCAACAACAACCACAAACACCACUCCUCUCACAAUCACACUCAACGCCACAACAACUUCCAUCACACCAGCAUCACAAUCUGCACCAAUCGAUGCAAGCACAACGCCAACUCAAACCAACCUCACAACUACAACUGGUCCAACUGCAUCUACUGAAACUACUCCAUCCACCGCUACAACCACAACCACAACCACCAAUUCAAAUCUAACCACCAUAACUAUAUCCACAACACCCGACACAUCUAUCAACACGUCCACAACAACAUCCACCAGCAUCACAACUACACCAUCCACACUCAACGCAACCACUCCUACAACAACCCUCAACACCGCUACCGCAACAACAACCACAAACACCACUCCUCUCACAAUCACACUCAACGCUACAACAACUUCCAUCACACCAGCAUCACAAUCUGCACCAAUCGAUGUAAGCACAACGCCAACUCAAACCAACCUCACAACUACAACUGGUCCAACUGCAUCUACUGAAACUACUCCAUCCACCGCUACAACCACAACCACAACCACCAAUCCAAACAUAACCACCAUAACUAUAUCCACAACACCCGACACAUCUAUCAACACGUCCACAACAACUUCCAUCACACCAGCAUCACGAUCUGCACCAAUCGAUGCAAGCACAACUCAAACUCAAACCAACCUCACAACGACAUCUGUUCCUACUUUCACUACGUCUUUGCUCGUUUGGUCAUCCGUUUCUCUUUCCAGUAAUUUUUCAGAUAUAGUAAACACAACAACAGCUGAACAGAUAUCCACAACUGAAAGAAUAAAAACGACAAAGAAAACAACGACUGACAAUAUAUACAUCGAUAUAGUAAACAUAUCAAAUGCAAUUGAAUAUGCAUUAUCGUUUAACAUAUCAGAUAAAUAUCCAUAUAUAACGCCAUCGGCAUCAUUAUUAUUUAAUUCAACGACAACAACAAAUAACAUGACAAAUACAACAGGUCCAAAUACAUACACUCAAACCACACCAUCCAACGAAACAAACACAACCACAACCACAAAUCCAAACAUAAACAUCAUCACUCUACCCACAACACACGACACAUCUAUCAACACGUCCACAACAACAUCCACCAGCAUCACAACUACACCAUCCACAAUCAACGCCACCACUCCUACAACAACACUCAACAGCGCAACCGAAAACGCUAACGCAACAGCAACUGCAACGGCAACCACAAACACCAUUCCUCUCACAAUCACACUCAACGCUACAGCAACAUCCAUCACACCAGCAUCACAAUCUGCACAAAUCAAUUCAAGCACAACGCCAACUCAAACUCAAACUCCAACAAACAUCACAACUACAACUGCUCCAACUGCAUCUACUCAAACCACUCCAUCCACCGCAUCAACAACAAACACGACCACCAAUCCAAACAUAACCACCAUCAUUCUACCCACAACACCCGACACAUCUAUCAACACGUCCACAACAACAUACACCAGCAUCACAACUACACCAUCCACACUCAAAGCAACCACUCUCCCAACAACACUCAACACCGCAACCGCUACCGUAACUGCAACCGCAACCACAAACACCAUUCCUCUCACAAUCACACUCAACGCUACAACAACAUCCAUCACACCAGCAUCACAAUCUGCACAAAUCAAUUCAAGCACAACGCCAACUCAAACUCAAACUCCAACAAACAUCACAACUACAACCGCUCCAACUGCAUCUACUCAAACCACUCCAUCCACCACAUCAACAACAAACACGACCACCAAUCCAAACAUAACCACCAUAACUAUAUCCACAACACCCGACACAUCUAUCAACACGUCCACAACAACAUCCACCAGCAUCACAACUACACCGUCCACACUCAACGCCACCACUCCUACAACAACACUCAACAGCGCAACCGAAAACGCUAACGCAACAGCAACUGCAACGGCAACCACAAACACCAUUCCUCUCACAAUCACACUCAACGCUACAACAACAUCCAUCACACCAGCAUCACAAUCUGCACAAAUCAAUUCAAGCACAACGCCAACUCAAACUCAAACUCCAACAAACAUCACAACUACAACUGCUCCAACUGCAUCUACUCAAACCACUCCAUCCACCGCAUCAACAACAAACACGACCACCAAUCCAAACAUAACCACCAUCAUUCUACCCACAACACCCGACACAUCUAUCAACACGUCCACAACAACAUACACCAGCAUCACAACUACACCAUCCACACUCAAAGCAACCACUCUCCCAACAACACUCAACACCGCAACCGCUACCGUAACUGCAACCGCAACCACAAACACCAUUCCUCUCACAAUCACACUCAACGCUACAACAACAUCCAUCACACCAGCAUCACAAUCUGCACAAAUCAAUUCAAGCACAACGCCAACUCAAACUCAAACUCCAACAAACAUCACAACUACAACCGCUCCAACUGCAUCUACUCAAACCACUCCAUCCACCACAUCAACAACAAACACGACCACCAAUCCAAACAUAACCACCAUAACUAUAUCCACAACACCCGACACAUCUAUCAACACGUCCACAACAACAUCCACCAGCAUCACAACUACACCGUCCACACUCAACGCCACCACUCCUACAACAACACUCAACAGCGCAACCGAAAACGCUAACGCAACAGCAACUGCAACGGCAACCACAAACACCAUUCCUCUCACAAUCACACUCAACGCUACAGCAACAUCCAUCACACCAGCAUCACAAUCUGCACAAAUCAAUUCAAGCACAACGCCAACUCAAACUCAAACUCCAACAAACAUCACAACUACAACUGCUCCAACUGCAUCUACUCAAACCACUCCAUCCACCGCAUCAAAAACAAACACGACCACCAAUCCAAACAUAACCACCAUCAUUCUACCCACAACACCCAACACAUCUAUCAACACGUUCACAACAACAUCCACCAGCAUCACAACUACACCAUCCACACUCAACGCCACCACUCCUACAACAACACUCAACAGCGCAACCGCAAACGCUAACGCAACAGCAACCGCAACUGCAACGGCAACCACAAACACCACUCCUCUCACAAUCACACUCAACGCUACAGCAACAUCCAUCACACCAGCAUCACAAUCUGCACAAAUCAAUUCAAGCACAACGCCAACUCAAACUCAAACUCCAACAAACAUCACAACUACAACUGCUCCAACUGCAUCUACUCAAACCACUCCAUCCACCACAUCAACAACAACCACAACCACCAAUCCAAACAUAUUCACCAUCACUCUACCCACAACACCCGACACAUCUAUCAACACGUUCACAACAACGUCCACCAGCAUCACAACUACACCAGUCACACUCAACGUUACCACUCUCCCAACAACCCUCAACACCGCAACCGCUACCGCAACUGCAACCACAAACACCAUUCCUCUCACAAUCACACUCAACGCUACAACAACUUCCAUCACACCAGCAUCACAAUCUGCACAAAUCAAUUCAAGCACAACGCCAACUCAAACUCAAACUCCAACAAACAUCACAACUACAACUGCUCCAAAUGCAUCUACUCAAACCACUCCAUCCACCGCAUCAACAACAACCACAACCACCAAUCCAAACAUAUUCACCAUCACUCUACCCACAACACCCGACACAUCUAUCAACACGUUCACAACAACGUCCACCAGCAUCACAACUACACCAGUCACACUCAACGCUACCACUCUCCCAACAACCCUCAACACCGCAACCGCUACCGCAACUGCAACCACAAACACCAUUCCUCUCACAAUCACACUCAACGCUACAACAACUUCCAUCACACCAGCAUCACAAUCUGCACAAAUCAAUUCAAGCACAACGCCAACUCAAACUCAAACUCCAACAAACAUCACAACUACAACCGCUCCAAAUGCAUCUACUCAAACCACUCCAUCCACCGCAUCAACAACAACCACAACCACCAAUCCAAACAUAACCACCAUCACUCUACCCACAACACCCGACACAUCUAUCAACACGUUCACAACAACGUCCACCAGCAUCACAACUACACCAGUCACACUCAACGUUACCACUCUCCCAACAACCCUCAACACCGCAACCGCUACCGUAACUGCAACCGCAACCACAAACACCAUUCCUCUCACAAUCACACUCAACGCUACAACAACUUCCAUCACACCAGCAUCACAAUCUGCACAAAUCAAUUCAAGCACAACGCCAACUCAAACUCAAACUCCAACAAACAUCACAACUACAACCGCUCCAACUGCAUCUACUCAAACCACUCCAUCCACCACAUCAACAACAAACACGACCACCAAUCCAAACAUAACCACCAUCAUUCUACCCACAACACCCAACACAUCUAUCAAAACGUUCACAACAACGUCCACCAGCAUCACAACUACACCAUCCACACUCAACGCCACCACUCCUACAACAACACUCAACAGCGCAACCGAAAACGCUAACGCAACAGCAACUGCAACGGCAACCACAAACACCAUUCCUCUCACAAUCACACUCAACGCUACAGCAACAUCCAUCACACCAGCAUCACAAUCUGCACAAAUCAAUUCAAGCACAACGCCAACUCAAACUCAAACUCCAACAAACAUCACAACUACAACUGCUCCAACUGCAUCUACUCAAACCACUCCAUCCACCGCAUCAACAACAACCACAACCACCAAUCCAAACAUAUUCACCAUCACUCUACCCACAACACCCGACACAUCUAUCAACACGUUCACAACAACGUCCACCAGCAUCACAACUACACCAGUCACACUCAACGUUACCACUCUCCCAACAACCCUCAACACCGCAACCGCUACCGCAACUGCAACCACAAACACCAUUCCUCUCACAAUCACACUCAACGCUACAACAACUUCCAUCACACCAGCAUCACAAUCUGCACAAAUCAAUUCAAGCACAACGCCAACUCAAACUCAAACUCCAACAAACAUCACAACUACAACUGCUCCAAAUGCAUCUACUCAAACCACUCCAUCCACCGCAUCAACAACAACCACAACCACCAAUCCAAACAUAACCACCAUCACUCUACCCACAACACCCGACACAUCUAUCAACACGUUCACAACAACGUCCACCAGCAUCACAACUACACCAGUCACACUCAACGUUACCACUCUCCCAACAACCCUCAACACCGCAACCGCUACCGUAACUGCAACCGCAACCACAAACACCAUUCCUCUCACAAUCACACUCAACGCUACAACAACUUCCAUCACACCAGCAUCACAAUCUGCACAAAUCAAUUCAAGCACAACGCCAACUCAAACUCAAACUCCAACAAACAUCACAACUACAACCGCUCCAAAUGCAUCUACUCAAACCACUCCAUCCACCGCAUCAACAACAACCACAACCACCAAUCCAAACAUAUUCACCAUCACUCUACCCACAACACCCGACACAUCUAUCAACACGUUCACAACAACGUCCACCAGCAUCACAACUACACCAUCCACACUCAACGCAACCACUCCUACAACAACACUCAACACCGCAACCGCUACCGUAACUGCAACCGCAACCACAAACACCACUCCUCUCACAAUCACACUCAACGCUACAGCAACAUCCAUCACACCAGCAUCACAAUCUGCACCAAUCAAUUCAAGCACAACGCCAACUCAAACUCAAACUCCAACAAACAUCACAACUACAACUGCUCCAACUGCAUCUACUCAAACCACUCCAUCCACCGCAUCAACAACAACCACAACCACCAAUCCAAACAUAUUCACCAUCACUCUACCCACAACACCCGACACAUCUAUCAACACGUUCACAACAACAUCCACCAGCAUCACAACUACACCAUCCACAAUCAACGCAACCAUUCCUACAACAACCCUCAACAGCGCAACCGCAAACACUACCGCAACCGCAACUGCAACGGCAACCACAAACACCAUUCCUCUCACAAUCACACUCAACGCUACAACAACAUCCAUCACACCAGCAUCACAUUCUUCACCAAUCAAUUCAAGCACAACGCCAACUCAAAUCAAACUCCAACAAACAUCACAACUACAACUGCUCCAACUGCAUCUACUCAAACCACUCCAUCCACCACUACAACCACAACAACGACCACCAAUCCAAACAUAA